AUGGCGACGAAGACUUCCGGCGGCAACGCCGCCUUCCACAACUUCCAUAACGACUUCGCCCACAUCCAGGAUCCAAAUGAGCGACGUCGACUUGCUCUGGCCGAAAUCGACAAGGCGCCCUUUGGCUGGUACCAUAUCCGCGCCAUCAUCGUGGCCGGCAUUGGCUUCUUCACGGAUGCCUACGACAUUUUCGCCAUCAACUUGGUGACUGCCAUGUUGGGUGUUGUCUACUGGCAGGAUGCUCCCAGCUCCAAGAAUGCAGGAAAGAUCCCGUCCAACUCCGACACUGCUAUUAAGGUCGCAACGUCUGGUGGCACGGUUAUUGGCCAGCUCGGCUUCGGCUGGCUAGCUGAUGUUGUUGGUCGCAAGAGAAUGUACGGCCUCGAGUUGAUUCUCAUCAUCUUCGCAACUCUCGCCCAGGCUCUCUCUUCCGACUCUCCUGCCAUCUCCGUUGUCGGUCUGAUCAUCUUCUGGCGCGUGAUGAUGGGCAUCGGCAUUGGUGGCGAUUAUCCACUUUCCUCUAUUAUCACUUCUGAAUUUGCCACCACCAAGUGGAGAGGUGCUAUGAUGGGUGCUGUCUUUGCCAUGCAGGGCAUUGGUCAAUUCACUGCUGCCAUUAUUGCUCUGAUCGUCGUGUCCGGCUUCCACAACUCUCUCAAGACUGCCGCGACAGUUGGUGCCUGCGACGGUGUCUGCCAGCUCGCCGUUGACAAAAUGUGGCGUGUGAUUAUCGGUUUUGGGGCGGUGCCGGGCUGCAUUGCUCUGUACUUCCGACUCACCAUUCCCGAAACUCCUCGCUACACUUUUGACGUUGCCCGCGACUCCGAGAAAGCCGUCGAAGAUGUCAAAGCCUACCGAUCUGGUCAACGUGAGGGCAAGCCCGACGAAGUCAGCCGUGCCGCCGUCCUCCAAGACUCUCGCCAACGUCUUGACCCGCCCAAGGCCAGCUGGCGCGAUUUCUGGCGCCACUACAGCCAAUGGAGACACGGAAAGAUCCUCCUCGGAACUGCAGGAUCUUGGUUCUUCCUCGAUGUGGCUUUCUACGGUCUUGGUCUCAAUAACUCCAUCAUUCUUCAGGCCAUCGGUUACGCCAAGGGUGACGACGUCUACGAGAUUUUCCGCAACACUGCUGUUGGCAAUUUGAUCAUCGUCUGCGCCGGCGCCAUUCCCGGUUACUGGGUCACCGUUGCAACCGUCGACACGCUCGGCCGCAAGCCUAUCCAGAUGAUGGGCUUCAUCCUUCUGACCAUCAUCUUCAUCAUCAUUGGCUUCGCAUACAGCCACUUGGGCGAGGGUGGUCUUCUGGCCCUGUACGUUUUGGCCCAAUUCUUCUUCAACUUCGGACCCAACGCCACCACGUUCAUCGUCCCCGGCGAGUGCUUCCCCACCCGCUAUCGAUCUACCUCGCACGGUAUCUCCGCCGCUUCGGGCAAAGUCGGUGCCAUCGUUGCGCAGACUGUCUUCGGACCUCUCCGAACAAAGGGCCACCCUACUACAGCGAACCCAUCGCCCUGGCUCAACCAUGUCAUGCAAAUCUUUGCCUUGUUCAUGCUCUGCGGCUGUUUCACCACUCUGCUCAUCCCCGAGACCAAGCGCAAGACCCUCGAGGAGCUCGCCGGCGAAGUUCCAGGCACCAAGAACUACGACCCCGAGUCUGCUGGUCAUCGCAAGGAGUCGUACGUCCCUCCCGCCUCCAACGAGCCUCUCGCGGCGAAUGGCGAGAAGACCGCGUAA